GUGUGGUGUGUGAAAUGAAACACGUCACUCAUAUUUGGGAGCGUUGCUGUCAACGAGAAAAAGAGACGUAUCGUAUCAUUGGAUGAUUAUUGGAGUUUGAGUCAUCACUCACCCUCUUGUCAAAAGAGGAACGGCCUACAAAAUUAAAUUUCGUCUAAUGUUUUGUGUUGUGUAUUUACGAGAAUAAAAUCUGGAUUUAAAAGAUGGCAUGGACACAUUAUCAAAAGAUCCUCGCCAUUCUCAUGGUGGUUACAGGAUCUUUUAACACUCUUUCCGUAAAAUAUGCGGAUAAGCUAAAGUCCCCUGGACAAGAUGGAGAGCCCAGAGCUUUUAAUCAUCCAUUUAUGCAGUCGGCUUUCAUGUUCUUGGGCGAAAUGAUGUGCUUAUUAGUUUUUAAAAUCGCCUUCUGUUACUAUAAUCGACAAGCGAAUGGCUCUGUUGAAACGAAUACUUUAACGAAAGGAUCUCGUACUUUUAAUCCACUCAUUCUCGCAAUUCCGGCAUUAUGCGAUACAAUUGCAACCUCAAUAAUGUACGUCGGCCUCACAAUGACAUAUGCAAGCAGUUUUCAAAUGCUGCGCGGUUCUGUUAUCGUAUUCACGGGAAUUCUUUCUGUGGGAUUUUUAGAGAGAAAAUUGGGCUUUCAAAAAUGGUCAGGAAUCGGCCUAGUUAUCGUAGGAUUACUCGUCGUUGGCCUUGCGGAUUUUAUUACAAUGAAAGACUCAAAACAGGACACGAAUUCAGUCAUUACUGGAGAUUUACUCAUCAUUUGCGCUCAGGUGAUAACAGCGACGCAAAUGGUGGUUGAGGAAAAAUAUGUAACAACGAGAGAUAUUCCUGCCCUCCAGGCGAUUGGCUGGGAAGGUUUAUUUGGAUUUCUCGCUAUUUCCCUGGCCAUGAUUCCACUUAACUACAUGCAGGUUCCAUAUCCAUUUUCUGAUAAUCCUAGGGGAACAUUGGAAGACACAAUUGAUGCUUUUGUUCAAAUUAAAAACAAUGGUCGGCUUCUAAUGGCCAUUAUUGGUAUUAUGUUCAGCAUCGCGUUCUUUAAUUUUGCUGGCAUCAGCGUUACCAAAGAAUUGAGCGCCACGACAAGAAUGAUUUUAGACAGCGUCAGGACUUUAGUCAUCUGGGCAUUUUCUCUCGCUUUUAUGUGGCAAGAGUUUCACUACUUACAGCUGUUCGGUUUCGCCUUUCUAAUUACUGGAAUGUGCCUCUACAACGACGUUGUGAUUCCCCAACUGGCCAGAAAAUGUAUAGCCCGGCUUUUUCGACACCGGCCACCUCCGCAGGCUCAAGAAAGAAUCGUCAGCACCGCAGCCGACGAUGUCGAGAACUCGUAAGAAAAUUCGAGACUUAUUUUUCGAAACUAUCACAAUUAUUCAAAUUAUAUUUUCUACUACUUUUUUCAAGAUCUGUCUAUAAGUACCGUUUUUUCAUUAUGGGAUUUUUUAAACUAAAAGAAGCAUGAACUUCGCAUCAAGUGAUGAUUGAGAGAAAACGAAAAAGAUUGAUUUUGAUAAUGGGCACAAAGCUAACUAUAAAUUAGACAAUUAAUUAAAUAAUUGAACGAACUUACCUGUAAGUCAAGUUCGAUUCUAAUUGUAUGCGCGCCAUCGAAGAGUAGAUCAACUCGUAGUUCCCCCACUUUGUGCUUGCGUUGCCACAGUUUCAAAGAAUAACCAAAAACAAAACGACAACAAAAAAAAAACAAAAAAGGCACUCCUGCUUCCUUCGCACGUUUAGCUACUCAUUAUUUCAAAGAAUGGCCGUAAUCUUUGUUAAUAGGGCAUAAAUAAGAAUAAAAAAAUUUAGUUAGAGGGCCAGUAUAUUUAUAUACCGGGUGGGACUGAUCUAUUCUUCGGUGGCGCUCAUACAAUUAGAAUCGAACUUCACUUACAGGUAAGUUCGUUCGAUUAUUUAAUUGUAUUUGGCGCCACCUCCGAAUAGAUCAACUCGUAGAUGUUGAAAGUAGUUAGCAGAUUACGGCAACCAAAAGAAAAAUUUAUUACAAAUUUUAUUACAUUCCGAGAUGUUUAUGUGAAGAAUUCCUUACGAAUAUAUUAAUUAAUUAAUUAAACAUAAACUGAAAUUAACUGUAUAUUAACCCUCUAAGAUAGACCUAACAAAUUGCUGGUUAUCCUUUACAAUAUCUCUGUCGUAAAAUCUGGCGAAUGUUUGAGACCUAUCUGUCCAACCUGCCGUCUUUCUAAUUAGUUCUAAAUCAACGCCACACCUUUCAGCGGCCGAUGUGGACGCAUGUCCUGUACUAUGAGCUGAAAAAAUAACGGUAUCGAUACCGCUCUCAAAAUUAAGGUUUCUUUAACCCAAAGACUUAAAGUUUGCGAAGAAACAGCCUCAUGGGGCUUUUGGAAUGAAAUGAACAAUUCCUGUACAUUACGUAACGAUCUAGUUUUUACAAGAUAGCUCUGUAAAGCUGAAGCUGGACAUAUUUUUUCUACAGAGUAAAACGGUAGGACUAGUAAAAGCUGUGUUCUAUUUUUAUUUGAUGUCUUAAUGCGGUCGGGGAUCUUAAUCUCCAUUGCCGUUCCUCUAUUUCUAAUGAUAACAAUCUUUAUUAAUGAAAAUGUUUGCAUUCUGUGACCCGUUAUGAGAGCAAGCAAGGUUACUAAUUUCUUCGAUAAUUCUUUUAACCUUAGCUCCUCAUUUGGAGGUAUUUCUAAAAAAUAAUCUAAUACUAUCUUUCGAUCCCAGGUGCUCUCAUAACGUGGUCUUGAAGAUCGCAAACUGGACACCCCUUUAAAAAACGCUUCACUCUAGGGUCCUUAGCAAUUUCCGAGUCUACGAUUAAUGAGAUUGCUGACCUUGUGGCGUUUCUAGAGCUAUGUGACAACCCCUUAUCAAAUUCAAUGGUUAGGAAAGCUAGUAGGUCUCCUAUGGGAGGAUUAAAUAAUUCAAUCGAUCUCGCGGCUGAGAAUCUCCACCAUUUUUUGAGUGCCACGUCAUACGCUUUUAUCGAAGAAGAACUUAGAGAACCCGUCAUGACCUCCAACGAUUUUUCUGGGGCUCCUCCUCUCAGGAACGCCUCCCGGAUAACCAUCCUACCACCAGGGUAAGGGUUUUCCAAAGCGGAUGAGGAUUCCUAUCAGACGAAAUCAAAAUAUUGAUAUCCAGAUUAAAUUUAAUUGGUUUGCGAAUCAUUAGUGAAUGAAAUAACGGAUCUUUUAAUUUUUGUAAGAGUUCUUAGUAUUAUACUAAACGGCGGAAAAGCAUAACAGAAAACCAAAGUCCAAUCCAAGGUAAAAGCAUCUAUCGCCUCAGACCCAGGAUCUCUUUUCCAGGAGAUAUAACGUAUACAUUUCGAAUUCGUUCUACUUGCAAACAAGUCGAUUUCUGGUUUUCUAGAAGUUUUGACAAUCUUAUUGAAUGCGGGAAUAGACCGUUCAAAUUCCGUUUCAGGUUCUAAUUGUCGCGACUCUGCAUCUGCUUCAAAAUUAUCUUUUGAACUAAUAUAGGAAGCAAAAAUCGAAAUAUUGCGCUCCUCGCACCAUUGCCAAAUCUCUUUUGAGAUCUUGUUUAAAUCCUUGUACUGAACACCGCCCAUUCUAUUAAUGUACGACACGGCAGUUGUAUUAUCUAUUCUUAAUAAAAUUUCCCCAUUACGAAAGUUUUUUGCUAAACUUUUAAGACCAAAGAAGGCGGCUUUGAGUUCUAAGAAAUUAAUGUGAAGUUUACGUUCAGACAUUGACCAGAAUCCACUAUCUUUUUGAUUAUUACAUACAGCUCCCCAUCCUGACUUAGAAGCAUCAGAAAAAAUCGCUGAGCGAAACACAAGACCUUUGAUAGAGUUAUUACCAGAUAAGAUAGAUGAUUGCCACCAUUUCAAGUCCGAAGGAUUAAAUCUUACAGUCAUAAGAACAUCAUAAUUUUCACCAUUUUCUCUUAAUGCUAAAAAUCUUUGUCUUUCUAAAUCCUUUGUGUAGACCCAGCUGUAUUUAAUAGCUGGACAACAAGCUACUAUAGAUCCUAAGAACUGUGCGAAAACUCUUAUCCUACACUGUAAAAGUUUGCUAAAGAUCUCUAGCUGUUUAUGAAUAUGAGAUCGCUUCUCAGAGGGUAGUUCUAAUGUCAUAGAUUUAGAAUUAUAAAUGAACCCUAAGAACUUGCAUCUCUGUUCGGGAUUCAAAUGACUCUUUUUCAAAUUUAUUAUGAACCCUAAGCUUUCUAAUAACUCUUUAGUUGUCUUUAAAUUCACCUCACAGUCCUGAUAUGUAUCUCCAAAAAGCAGAAAGUCGUCUAAAUAAAGAGCCGAACUAUAUCCUAAUCUUCGUAGAUAAGAAACAACAGGUUUCAUUAGUUUCGUAAACACUUGAGGGGCUGUACAAGGACCAAACGGAAGACAAGUAAAUUGAUAUACCUGUACAUUGAAUUAAAAUCUUAGAAAUUUUCUGUCCGAUUCAUGUAUUGAUAAUAAAUAAUACGCGUCCUGCAAGUCUAGAGUUGACAUAAAACAAUUCUGACUCACAAGACUGACAGCUGUUCUGUAGUCUUCGAGUUUAAAAUGCUCUGUUUGGAUAAAUUCAUUGAGAUCUUUAAGAUUUAAAAUGAAUUUGAGAGACCCAUCAGGUUUCGGUAGAAGAAAGAAGCUAGAAAUAAAUUGAUCAUUUGACGGACUACAUUCCUCUACUGCUCCUUUCAAUUUAAGUUGAGAGAUAAGCGACAUGAUAUUACAUAUCUCUAUUUUGCCCCAUUUGGAUUUAUGGACAGGUUUUAAUUGGCAAGGAGGAGAAGAGAAGGGUAUCCUAUAACCCUUUGUCCACGAUAAAAUUCGCGGGUCUGAGGUUAGAGCCUCCCAUUUUUUUUUAAAUAAACGUAAUCUUCCAGCAAUUAUACUUACAGAAACGUCUAAUGUCUCCUCGUGCUCUUGUACGGUGUCUUGUGUUAGUCCUGUUUCCGCUGAUUCUGAGAUCUCGGAGGGCUCGUGAAGGAUUUCUUCUGCCCGCCCUGUGUCGAAAAAUGUGGCUUCGCUUGUCGACGAGGCAGGCCCCUCCCGUUUUUUGAACUCCCUGACAUUUGAGAUUUUGCAGGUCUUAACACCUUGACCGAAUUCUCGAGCAGUUUAGCAGACUUCAAACUCUCUGGCAGAUCCUUUCCGAAUAGAAACAGAUCCAUCUUUGUAGCCUUUAGGGAUUCCCUCCAAGAAGGAUUCAUACUAGCGACGAUCAAAUUUUUUCUUAUUUGUGACUCGCCGAAUUGCAGAUCAGCGAGCAAGCGACAAGCCUCACUUAGGAUCUCAAUCAGAGGAUCCACAGUUUCCCCUUCUUGAUCUGCAUCUCUUUGGAAGAGCGUUAUAAUCGAUCUGCUUAUAGCAGAAAUACUAGCUGUCAAACUCUUUUGUUUUGACAGAAUUUUUUCGUCCCUAGAAAGGGUGCUUUCAGCUUUUUUUAAAGCUAGCUUAACUUCGUCGUUAAGCUUUGGAGGGUCAAUGUCCAAACAAUUAACCGGUGGCGGAUAUUUUAGGACGAGUGUCGCUCUCUCUUCUGAAGAAAGGCCAAUCUUAAUAAUGUCCGCCCAGCGGAUGGCAAUGUCCUCCAGGACAGCCGGCGCAAGGGACCUAUCUUCCAGGCAACGUUUUCCAAGAGAAUUAAUAACGCCUUCUUUAAUUUUCUUAUUUUGCGAAUCAGCAGCUUCAGACGUCACUUGUUGCACCUCGAGAACACUCGAGAUAUAUGCCGGGGGUGCAAAAUUCAAAAGCGGUGACCCUAGUUCUCUUUCUAAAGUUGGUGGAUGAUCUACUUCCGGCUCCGAAAUUUCAGGAGAGUAUGCGCCAUUUCUUGAAGCAGAGCAUAACCUUCGCCUUUUUCGACGGCUACCUCGAUCUGUUUUAAAAACAAGUUCGCAUUUGUAAAAAAAAGGCAUUGGUAAAAAAGCCUGUUGGAGAGCGUCUCAAUCGUAACAGUCCCAUAUACAGGUUAAGAGCCUGCAUGAUGGAAAGACGAUUCACCCAAGGAAAAGUAUUUUUCCACAAUGGUUAAGAGCCAUUGGAUACGAAAUAGGUCAGACCCAGAUCGUUUCUGAGAGGUGAGACCUCACAGAUCAUUGGGUUUAAGAUGGCGGCUAAUACCUGAAUACAUUGGAAUCUCUUGACGAAGAUGACAAAGUAGAACUCCUACGAUGGUGGCGCUUAUUCCUGUGUUUCGUCUUCAAUUUUUUGAUCACUUUAAACAAUUUGCGCGAAUAAUCUUCGUCAUCAGACAAAUCACUACUGUAUCUCCGCGCACUUCAAACGUGCGAAAGAAGCAGGAGUGCCUUUUUUUUUUUUGUUUUGUUUUUUGUUAUUCUUUGAAACUGUGGCAACGCAAGCACAAAGUGGGGGAACUACAAGUUGAUCUAUUCGGAGGUGGCGCGAAAUACAAUUAGAAUUCAACUUUUCCAGAAAUUACCAAAGUCGACUAGAGUUUUAUUCUCUGACUAAUUUUUUUUUCUCGAUUUUAGUUCUUGACUGAGAAAUAUUUGGAGAAUUAUGUAUAUUUUAAUGAAAAUAAUUGGAAUUUAGCAAUCAGGUUAAGAGUUACAAUAUUUUCGCUGUGUAUUGCUUUUUGUGAUUUUUCAAACGAUUUGUUAAUUAUUUUAUGUACAAUAUUAAUAAAAGCAUUUGAUACUA